UUGCAGACUCAUAUUACUCUUAGUGGCAACGCAGGACUUGAGCUCUGCGCAGCUGCUGCAAGUGUCGCUAACUGCGCAGCAAAGACCACAACAGCUGGUGCAGAGCUUUAUGUCCAGCAAUGUGCUGCAGCUGCAGCUGGCAACGCAGCAUAAUAUAGAAUAUUAUGGUGAGAUUGGCAUGGGCACACCAGCUCAGCGUUUCAAGGUGCUGUUCGAUACAGGCUCUGCCAAUACUUGGCUCCCCUCGAGCAGCUGCCCGACUACAGAUAUUGCCUGUCAGCGCCAUAAGCAAUACAAUUCUCAACAAUCCUCAAGUUAUGUGGCAAAUGGCAGCAAGUUCUCUUUGGCUUAUGGUGCGGGCAUGGUAAGUGGCUAUUUAUCGCAGGAUACGCUGCACUUGGCAGGCGCACAGCUAAGCGGCUUAACUUUUGGUGAGAUCACACAACAUCAUCAGACUAUCUUUGAGUCAAUGAGCUUCGAUGGAAUUGUGGGUUUGGCAUUCGCGGCAAUUGCCUGGCAUGAAACGACGCCCUUUCUGGAGCUGCUCUGUCAGCAGCGCAAAAUACAACAGUGUCUGUUUUCAGUAUAUUUACGCCAGCAGCCAGUGGCAGCGCAAGCAGCUGGUGAGCUGCUGUUUGGUGGUGUUAAUAGCGCACGCUACAAAGGCGAACUGCACUACGUGCCUGUCUCGGGCGAAGGCUAUUGGCAAAUACAACUCUCAGGAGUUGCAGUGCGUGGCAAGUUGAUUGAUAACAAUGUGGCAGCUAUUGUAGAUACAGGCACUUCACUCAUACUGCUGCCGCAACGUGUGCUUGGCUCACUCUAUGCCGCCUUGGGCGCUCGCAUGCUGGGCGACAUUUAUAGCUUGAGCUGCAAGCUCGAGGAGCUGCCAGCUGUGGCGAUGCAUUUGGGCAAUUUUACACUUACGCUAACUCCAGCUGAUUAUGUUGUAGAAAUCGAAGGCUUAUGCAUUAGCAUCUUUGUGCCUUUUAAUUAUGAUUUUUGGGUGCUGGGUGAUGUCUUUCUACGUCGCUACUAUACUGUCUACGAUGCUGAGGGCUCAGGACGCAUGGGCUUCGCUGAAGCUGUGCAUAAUUAAAGUUUCAAACUUUCCAUGCCAUUGUGUAUACCAGUUGUUUAU